GGGGUGUUGCGUGAAAGAAGCAGCGCUUGGCACGCCGCGUAGGGGGUGGCACCGCUGCGACUGCGAGUAGGUGUUUACGAGUUGCCUAACUGGUUUUCUCGGAGGACGGUGCCACAUUCUGAAGAGAAGCGAGGAGGCGACCGCGCGCCCGCGUGUGGGGUGCCCGGGCUCCCGUAGGAGGAUGCUGGUGGUGGAGGUGGCGAACGGCCGCUCCCUUGUGUGGGGGACCGAAGCAGUGCAGGCGCUGCGGGAGCGACUAGGAGUUGGGGGUCGCACGGUGGGCGCCCUGCCCCGCGGGCCCCGUCAGAACUCGCGACUGGGUCUCCCGCUGCUGCUGAUGCCCGAGGAGGCGCGGCUUCUGGCUGAGAUAGGCGCUGUAACCCUGGUCAGCGCCCCGCGCCCGGAUCCCCGCGAACACAGCCUGGCUGUGGCAUCCUACAAGCGCCAUCAGGAGCAGGGCUUCCAGGAGCAAAGUGCCCUGGCAGCUGAGGCCCGUGAGACCCGUCGUCAGGAGCUCUUAGGGAAGAUCGCAGAGGGCCAGGCUGCCAAGAAACAGAAGGUGCAACAGGAUUCAGCGACAAGUGAGAGUCAGGAGGCCAGUGGAAACCAAGCGGCUGGAGAUAAUGGGGCCAGUGCUAGCCAGGCUCCUGGAGAACAGGAGGAAGCAGGAUCCACCUCUCCCCAACCAGGGCCUUCAGAUGGAGUCAUCCCCUUGCCCAGGUCUGCUAUGCUCGUCCAGCUAGCCACUGCUAGGCCUCGACCCAUCAAGGCUAGGCCCCUGGAUUGGCGUGUCCGGUCCAAGGACUGGCCCCAUGCUGGCCGUCCAGUCCAUGAGCUGCGCUACAGCAUCUACAGAGACCUGUGGGAGCGAGGCUUCUUCCUCAGUGCGGCUGGCAAAUUUGGGGGCGACUUCCUAGUCUAUCCUGGUGACCCGCUCCGUUUUCAUGCCCACUACAUUGCCCAGUGCUGGGCUCCUGGGGAUCCCAUCCCGCUCCAGGACCUGGUUUCUGCUGGCCGCCUCGGAACCAGCGUCAGAAAGACAUUGCUCCUCUGUUCUCCACAGUCUGAUGGUAAGGUGGUCUACACCUCCUUGCAGUGGGCCAGCCUGCAGUGAACUCCAGAGACCUGUGGGGUGUGGGUGUAUCUGUGGCAAGAGCCUUUCUAGGUGGUCCCAAGUUCAUCUCUGCGUGGGAGGAGAGGACACCUUCCGACCUCUUCCUAUGGUUAGUUUUUGACUGCAAAUUUAUAAACACUAUAUUCUUUUUAUGCGCCUCCAUGUUUUAAAGCACUUGUUGGCUGUAUUGUUUUUGUAGUUAUCUAUUUCCAAACUGGGAACUUCUUGAGAAUGAAGACUGGUUUGAUUCAUCUCUAUUUUCUACGGGGCUUAGGUCCCAAGAGCUCUCAAUAAACUUGUUGAAUAAAUGUGGAGCUGUGAUUUGAAUCCUUAGGACAGUCCUGGGAAAUGUGGCCAUUUUCAUCUUCUUAUACAGAUGACGAAAAGCCUAGAGGAGGAGAAAUGAUUUGUCCAAGGUCACACAGCUAGUAAGCAGCAGGGCUGGGAUUUAAAACCUGGUCUUUGUGACUCUGAAUGAAGCCUGAGCCAUUCCCAGUGUUAGACUUCCUUUUGGGAAGAUUUUCAUGAAAUAGUUCAGAUGCAUACAAGGAUAUAAAUGAAAAUAACACAUGAACAGCUGGUAUAGCUCAGUGGAUUGAGUGCCAGACUAUGAACCAAAGGGUUGCCAGUUUGACUGUCAGGGCACAUGCCUGGGUUUCAGGCCAGGCCCCCAGUGGGGGCCACAUGAGAGGCAGCCACACAUUGAUGUUUCUUCCCUCUCUUUCUCCCUCCCUUCCCAUCUCUAAAAAUAAAUAAAUGAAAUCUUAAAAAAAAACAACACAUGAACUAAAAAGAAGGAGGUAAGUGUUGCUGUUUGACUACAGGAGUUAGAGUGGGGAGGGGAAUGUCAGGAAGCGCUCUUGGACCUUCUGGAAUAUUGGUGGUGUUCUUUUUCUUGGCCUGAUAAGUAUUUAUACAGGUGUUUGAAAAUUAUUUUUUAUACUGUACAUUUAUGUUCUAGAUCUUUUUUAUGUGUGUAUCAUAUUCCAUAAUUUUUAUAAAAGUUAAAACACAGGUAUAAAAUAUGUAUUUAUAAAAUGAUCCCUAUAUCUAUCUUUUUGCUUAAGAAAUUACCAGGCCGUUAUCAGUACCAACUUUCAACGUUUAUACAUAUAUUGAAACAAUGUGUAGUUAGGACUAACCCCUGCUUGACUAAUACUAUUCUUUGUGUCUCUUUGGUAAUUGGCUUGUAAAUAUACUCUCCAACGUUCCUCUCUGCAACAAAGUAAAGAUCCUCUUUAAAAACUAUUGUGAGAUCAUCCACAUGCCAAAAAAACCCCAAAACAAAAACCUAGACACAGACCCUUACACCCCUGACCAAAAAAUUACCUCCAAAUUCUUUGUAGACCUAAAUGUAAAAUCAAAGCUAUAACAGUCUAAAACUCCUAGGAUAUAACCUAGAUGACCUAGGGUUUGGCAAUGACAUUUUAGAUGCAACACCAAAGCCAUGAUCCACAAAAGAAAGAAUUGAUAAGAUGGACUAUGUUAAAAUGAAAAACUUGGAGAAAAUAUUGCAAAAGACAUAUGUGAUAGAGGACUAUUGUCCAAAAUAUACAAAGAACUCUUAAAACUCAACAAUAAAAAAAUAAAGUCCAUGAUUUAAAAAAUGGGCUAAAAACCUUGACACCUCAUGAAAGAAGAUAGAGAUAGCAAAUAAGCCAAUGCAAAGAUUCUCCACAUCAUGUCAUCAUGAAAAUGCAAAGUAACAAUGACAUACCACUAGAUACGUAUUAGAAUGGCCAAAAUACAGGACACUGCCAACACCAAAUGCUGCUGCAAAUGUGGAACAACAGGAACUUUUCAUUGCUGGUGGGAAUGCAAAUGGUACAGUCACUUUGGAAGACAGUUUGGCAGUUGAUGACAAUUAAAUUACUCUAUGCUUCUUGGUAUUGACCCAAGGAGUUGAAAACUUAGGCCCCCACAAAAAUCUGCACCCAUGCUUAUAGCAGCUUUAUUCAUAAUCGCCAAACUUUGCAAACAACUAAGAUGUCCAUCAGUUAGUGAAUAGAUGUAGUCCAUUCAGACAUUGGGAUAUUAUUCAGCAGUAAAAAGAAAUGAGCUUUCGGGCCAUGAAAAGACAUGGAGGAACCAUAAAUGCAUAUUACUAAGUGGAAAAAGUCAUUCUGAAAAG